AUGUCAUCUAAGAUUGAAAUAGCUAUUGUGGGAAUAGGAUGCAACUUUCCAGGAGGUGAAGGUUUUGACAGUUUCUGGGAAGUACUGGAAAAUGGCAGGAAUUGUACUAUAGAAAUACCUCCAGAAAGAUUUAACAUUAGAGAGUGGCAUAAUCCAGAUAAUAACAAGCCAGGUAAAAUACCUACAACUCAUGCUGCUCUUCUUGAUGAAUUUAAUGUCUUUGACAAUCAGUUGUUUGGUAUUAACAAGGAGGAAGCUGAACACAUUGAUCCUCAGCAAAAGCUACUUCUGGAAUGCACAUACAGAGCACUGGAAGAUGCAGGAGUCACAAGUGAAAACAUCAGUGGCACCAAAACAGGCGUUUUUGUUGGUUUAAUGAAUCGAGACCAUGAUUUCAUUACCAGCAGAGCAGUUGCCAAAACAAACCAUUAUGGUGGCACAGCAUCAAGCACAGCAGCCAACCGAAUUUCAUACACUUUUAAUUUGAAUGGACCAUCACUUGUCAUUGAUACGGGACACUCGUCUUUCCUUUCUGCUUUACAUCUUGGCUACCAAGCCAUUAAACAAGGAGACUGUGAAGCUGCUCUUUGUGGAGGAGUGAAUUGUAUCAUAGAUCCUUGGAAGUUUGUGUCUCUCAGUAAAGCAAAAAUGAUGUCUCCUGAUGGAAUUAGUAAACCAUUCUCCAGAAAGGCAGCUGGCUAUGGAAGAGGAGAAGGUUGUGGUGUUCUUUUGUUGAAGUCACUAAUAAAGGCACAGGAAGACUUCAACAAAAUAUGGGCUGUCAUCAGCAUCACUGCAGUCAACCAGAAUGGAAAAUCAGUCACCAAAAGGUCUCAAAUAGAGCAAGAAAAGUUAUUGCUCAGCAUUUAUCCAGCACAUAUCGAUCCAUCAGCAGUUCAGUACAUUGAAACACACAGCACAGGAAAUCCUGCUCAAGAUGUCACAGAGGCUGAGAGCUUAGGAAAUAUCAUUGGGAAAAAGAGGCUUUCUAACUUGCCCCCUCUCAAGAUUGGUUCAGUUACAGGAAACAUUGGACACACAGAAUCCGCUGCUGGCGCAGCUGGUUUAAUCAAAGUACUUCUCAUGAUGCACAAUGAAAAGAUUGUUCCAACCUUGCACUUUUCAGAAAGCACCAGCAGCAUAAAUACAAAGAAAUUAAAUCUCUCCAUUCCAACUACAGUGGAAAAAUGGGAUGAAUCUAGUGAAUUUGGAAGAGUAGCUGGAAUCAACUGUUUUGAUUUUGAAGGGAACAAUAUCCACAUAAUUGUCAAACAGGUUAAGCAAAUCCAAGUUCUCUCUCCAGUCAAAAGACCUGCUGAAUUAGUUCUUAUUUCUGCAGUCUCUGGCAAUUCUCUCAAACUGUCGAUGGAAGACACAGCAAGGCAUGUAAAAAGAAGUGACUUAACAAAAUUACAAAACCUAGCCUAUACAUCUGCAUGUAGAAGAAACCACAUAAACUAUAAGUAUAGAAAAGCAUUUGUGGUGUCAUCUCUACAACACCUACAGCAACAGCUUAUUGCUUCAGCUGCAAUGAAAGCGUCUCCAUCUAAGAAACCACCACAAAUAAUUUUUGUGUUCUCUGGUAAUGAGCUGAACUUUAGAGGGAUAUGCAAAAUCCUGCUGAAAUCUGAACCUGUCUUUAGAGACAAAUGUGUUGAAAUCAAACAGUUAUUUCAACAGCUCUCACCCACAGACCUUUUGGAAUUAACAGAAACCGAGCCUAAGGAUUUGUUCAAACCUGAACUUGCCCAGCCCUUAAUUUUCACAUUGCAUGUGGCCUUGUUUACGCUUCUGCAAUAUUGGGGAAUAAGGCCAAUUGCAGCUGUUGGACAUUCAGUUGGAGAAGUGGCUGCUGCCCAUUGUGCUGGAUUGAUUUCCCUGGAAGAUGCUGUCAAAGUCAUCCAUCACCGGAGCAGGCUACAGGCUAAAGUCACUGGCGGCAGAAUGCUGGUUGUUGGGAAUGUCCCUGUUCAAGAAGUGUCAACAGCUCUUGGAGCAUACUCAGGGAAAGUCUGUGUGGCAGCAUUUAACAGUCCUCAGUCUUGUACAUUGUCUGGGGAUGCAGAUGCCAUUGAUGGUCUUCAGAAGCAUCUAGCUGAGCACUUUAAUAGAAGAAACAUAUUUCUUCAAGCUCUAAAUGUUCCCGUUGCCUAUCACAGCCAUAUGAUGGAUCCAAUACUAACAGAACUGGCAACAAGUUUGCCAGAAUUAAAGAAAGGGAAGGCAGAAAUUGACUUGAUUUCAACAACAACAGGGAAGACUGUUUCAGAUGGCGAUUUUGUCACCGGUAACUACUGGGCCAGACAGGCUCGAGAGCCUGUUUGUUUUGCAGAGGCCAUAGUGGCUUUAGCAAAAGACAAGGACGAUAUUGCAUUUGUAGAAAUAGGAUUCCAUAGAGAGCUGCAGACAUACAUCACUGAAACUUUAGGAUCACAAACCAGAGUUUUCCAUUCCAUGCAGAUUGAUAGAGAAUAUUUGGCUCUUCUUAAUAUGGCAAAAGAUUUGUUUGAGCUGGGAUUCAAUGUGGAUUGGCAGCAUUUUUAUGAAGGGUAUCAAAGUGUACCAGCCGCCUAUCCCAGAUAUCAAUUUGAACAUAAAAAGCUCACAUCACAUCAGAAUGUUAACCAGCAAGUAAAUAAUAGGGAUGGAUGUUCAAGUCAUCCUUUAAUUUUCAGUACAAAUGAAGAAAGCUCAGAAUUCACCUGUACCAUCUCUGAGUUCCUCACUCCAUAUUUAUAUGUGAACAAGAAUCACAGUGUUGGUUUAAUUGCUGGUGCAUUCUUUGUGGAACUGGCUUUGGCUGCUGUGUUGAUUCGAUCAAGACCAAAAGUGCCUUUAAGUUUUUGCCAGCUGAACAUAAUUUUUACAGAACCAUUUAUUUUAAAUGAAAAUUCCCAUGUUUUAAAGAUAAGAGUGGAGUCACAAGAAAGAUUAUCUGAUUUCCGGAUACUCUCUGAAGCAACCAAUGUGGUUUAUGCAUCAGGCCAAAUUACUAAGAAUCCUGAAACAUCAGUUGAAGAAAAGAUCAUUUCUUCCAAAGACAUUCUUCACAGGUGUAGGUCUGUUGUUAGUGAAGGUGAGGUUUAUGAAGCACUGGCACAGUUUGGAAUCCACCAUUGCCCUGCUUCUAGGCAGCUACAUGAUGUAUUUUACUGUGAAGAUCUGAAAGAAGCUGUAACAACUUUAAAAGUGAACAGACAAAUAGCAGAAGAAAUGCAUAAGUAUUCCAUCCAUCCAUUACUCUUGGAUUGUUUUCUACAAGUGGUGGUAGUUCUGGCUAAAGUUACAUCCAAGAACAAAAUAGCUUUCCUUUCUGGCAUAAGCAGUCUUGUAGUUGGUCAACCUCUGCAAGAGGAAAUGAUGAUAUAUAUAAAAACAAGCAAGUCCACUGAUAAUUACUUAGAGUUUUGUGGAUGCUUCACAAAUAAGCAUGGGUCUGUUUUGGCAGAACUGAAAGGUGUCCAAAUCACUUUUGUAAAAGAAACUCCAAAAAAUGAGAAUGAUUUUUUGUUUGAAAAUAACUGGAAAGAAAUCACAUCUGAGCAAAUGAUGCAAAAUCUACCAAAGGCACCUAGAGUUGUAGUGUUUGCUGACAAAUCUGGAAUAGCACAGCAGCUCAGGAAUUACUUACACAGUGAGUCUAGAUUUGUUCCUUAUCACGAAUGGGAAAAAAUGUUGACAGCCAAGAGAUCAGAGAUGAAUGCACAGAAUAAGAUUAAUUUAGAGCUGCAAGGAUAUCAAGACGUUCUGUUUAUGUGGGGUAUCCAAAAACUGAAUGAAUCUUUACCAGAGAAAGUGGUGAAAUACUCAGUAAGAUGUUGUGAGGCAUUUCGCCAAGUUGUUAUUGCAUUAAGGGAGAAGAAAUCCCAUUGUUCCAUUACAAUAAUCACUUACAGAACAUCAGAAGGGAAAGUAGACCACAUAAAUCCUGGCUUUGCUUUGUAUGGCAUGACUCGAGCAUGCAUGUCUGAAGUCCCUGAAAUAUCAUUUCAGAUUAUUGAUAUCAGCUCUACAAGCACAAUAGAUAUCUCAGCUUUAGCAGACGUUUUAGUAAAAUAUAAAGCACAGGAUUAUCCAGAGGUCUGGAUUGAUGAAGGAAGGAUUUACACUUCUGAAAUUAGACGCACACAGAUUGAAGCUGCUGUCUUCAGUAGACCUUCCUAUCCACUUCAGGAUUCAGAACUGUGCAUUCUGUACACAGCAAAUCCCUAUGAUGUGAAGGAUCUCUCAGCUAAAGUCACCAGCUCACAGAUUCAACUUGAUAACCACAGUGUUGAAGUUCAAAUUCAGAAAAUAAGCAUCCACUCAGAAGACUAUUUUCCUGUUAGUGUGUCAAGUUGUAAGUUUGGGAAAACCUUGUACUGGAAUUCACAUACAACAGAUAAACACAAAUUAUUAGCACUAGACUUUAGUGGCACUGUAACUGCAACAGGUGUAGAAGUGAAAAAGAUAAAAGUGGGAGACCAUAUUGUUUCAUGUUAUCCAGUUUCUGCAGUGUCAAGAAUUAAUAUUCCAGAGACAAUUUGUUUCAAUACCCAAAAAUUUCCAUUCUUCAAAAACAUGCCCUGCUUAUCAUUCUUCUGGGUUGCAAGACAUGUGUUGCAUCAAACGUUUCCAGUGCCAAAACAUGGUGAAAUACUAGGUAUUAUUUCCAUUGAGCCAGAGUCAGUUUUGUGCAAAGUGCUUGCUUUUUCAGCCCAGGAAUUAGGAUGGAAAACAGUAAUUACAAACCAUGCGACUGGUCUCUGGCAACGUGUUAAUCAGUGCAGUGCUCUCAUUUUCAUGCCUCCACUAAAUGAAAUCUUUCAAGAAGCCUUAACCUGCCUUUUCCAUCUCAAAGACAUUGUACUUGUUUAUGGUAAUGAACAGCCAGAGCGCUUAAGGAAUGUGAUUGGAAAAGACCAUGAAAAUAUCCACAUCCAUACUGUUAAUCUCACCCAUAUUUUUCAGAAAGCAUCUCUGUUACGAUCCCAGAGGGAGAUGUACACCUGGCUUAAAUCAAUGAAUAUGAAACAGUUAAAACAUCUGCCAUUUUCCCUUUUUCAGCAAGCAGAUAAGAGGUCAGAAAAUACUGUAUCCUACUUCAACUGCAAAAACGUCCCAGUUGCAGUACUAACAAGUGACGACGAAAACAGUAAGAUCUCAGACAUUCCUAUGCUUGAAACAGACAGAAGAUUAUUUAAGCAGAAUGCUGUUUAUAUAAUUACAGGGGGACUCACUGGGCUUGGUUUAGAAACUGUAAAAUUUGUCGCUCAGAAUGGAGGAGGUCGAAUUGUGAUACUUUCACGAAGAAAUCCAAGUGCUGAGGUCCAAAAGGAACUAAAUGAUCUCCAGGAUCACUGCAAAUGGAGCAGAAUAGUUAGCCUACAGUGCAAUGUUAUUUUCUUUUCUGAGGUUGAGAAGGCUAUGAAGUCUAUCAGUAAAUUUUUCCCAAACUACCCUGUUAAGGGUAUAUUCCACAGUGCAAUGGUUUUACAUGAUGGGAAUCUUGAAGCACUCACCAUGUCUCACUUUGAAGAAGUUUUAAAUCCAAAGAUAGCCGGUGCUAUCAAUCUUCAUCGUGCCGUGCAAGGACAGGAGCUUGACCAUUUUGUAUGCUACUCAUCUUUUUUGUCAUUUCUUGGAAAUGCAACUCAGUCAAACUAUGCAGCUGCCAAUUCCUUCCUGGACCUCUUUUGUUGUUACAGGAGAAACAAUGGCUUUUCAGGACAGUCCAUUAACUGGGGUGCCUUAAAUCUUGGGGUUUUGCAAGCUCAGCACCAGAGUCAAAGCAAUGCAUUACAUACCAAAGGUUUAGAGGAUGUGCAAGUGAAUGAUAUUCAUGAGUAUCUCAGAAGAAGCUUAAUUCUAAAUAAUCCUCAGCAAGCUAUAGUAAAACUCAACUUUCAAACAUUAGCCUGUCAUGUUUUAUCUCAGAAUCUGUCACUGAAGAGUCGUUUUUAUAAUCUGAUUUCUGAAGAGAUGUGUAGAAAUCCUGAACUAAAUGGUGGAGCUGCAUCCUCGAAUCUAUCUCUAGAUGGACCUGUUGAUUAUAUCACCUCUCUUCUGAAAACCCUGAUGGACAUUAUUCCUGGUGAUUUAUCAUUACAUACUCCACUUUCAUCACUAGGAAUUGAUUCUACAUUAGCUUUUGUACUACAAAAUCGUAUCCUUGUGGAAAGGAGGGUGAAAAUACCUCUUGCAAAACUACUUGAUCCAUGUUCUACUGUUGCAACAUUAAUCCUACACUUGAAAGCAAAUUCUAACACAGCAGAUUCUCAUGUAGCUGAAGGUACUGAUGCUGGAAGCUGGUUGUAG